GGGGGGGCGGCGUGUAGGGAGAGAGAGAAAGAAAUAUCCCUACAGACUCUGUCUGGGUUUCAAGAAUUACAAAAACAACCUCCACCCCUGCUCUGGGAGAGUAUGUGAGUGGGAGAGGGAGAGGGUGAGGGCGGAGGAGAAGGAGGAGGAGAAGGAAGAAGAGGGAGGUGGAGGAGAGGGACGAGGCGCUAAGGGAACCCCACACCAGCUCUUGCACCCUGCCGGAGCUGAGCUGAGUCCGGCUGCGAGAAAGAUGUUUGAUAACACGCAGUAUCCUUACAACUGUUUCAACUACGAUGGUGAUGAUUACCCCGCCUGCAGCUCAGAUGAGGAGAAGAAACUCAGCCGCCCAGCGUACAGCUACAUUGCUUUGAUUGCAAUGGCCAUCCAGCAAAGCCCUGCCAAUAAAGUGACGCUGUCUGGCAUUUAUGACUUUAUAAUGAAGAAAUUCCCUUACUACAGAUCAAACCAGAGAGCCUGGCAAAACUCCAUUAGGCAUAACCUAUCCCUUAACAGUUGUUUUGUAAAGGUCCCCAGGAUGGAAGGGAAUGAAAAGGGGAAGGGAAACUAUUGGACUUUCGCUUCGGGAUGUGAGUCCAUGCUGGAUCUUUUUGAAAAUGGGAACUACCGGAGAAGACGAAGGAGGAGAAAUAUGAAAAAGGAACCUAAAGACCAGAAAUCGAGUGUGGGACCUUCCACCCCUGAGCUGCCCAUGAUGGAUUCUUGUUCAAAGGGCACCCACCUGAAUGAAGGUACAACCAAGAAACACGAGUUCAGAGCCACUCACCUAGAUUCUUCUCCAUUCUUUUCAAAUGGCCUUUCCAAUCAACAGAACCUAAGCAAUGCCUCUCUUGGAAAACCUGACUCAGAAAUUAAAUUUAGCAUUGAUUACAUCCUCUCAUCACCUGAUCCAUUGCCUGCUCUAAGAUCACCCUUCAAUACCCAAGAUAAUAAAUAUCAUCUACUGGAACCUCAACAAAUUAACCUCCAGUUUUGGACAAUGUGAGAUACUCAUAUAAUGGAAUAUAUUUUGGGACUGCUCUAUAACCUUCAACUGUCAGUAAGAUUGUCAUGUCUCUUUCCCAUAUCAUCUGCUGGAAGGGCACAAGCCAACAUUUCAUACAAAAACUGAGCCGUUCCAUAAAAACAAGAGCUUGAUUUCAUCAAUUUGUACUUAAUGUUUAAUCCAUUUAUUUGUUACAGAGUAGAGGAGGACUUUUGGGCUCAUGAAUGAUGCAAAUGUGAAAUUGGCUUAAUUCCUUUAAAGAUGCUCAUCUUUGGAGGAACCUGUAUAAUGGAACAAUUCAAUUCAGUUCAAUUAAACAAAAAUAUGCUGGAAACUGUGUUAGAGUUACAAAAGCAUAACUCUCCUAAACAGGUUGGCUCACUGACAUUACUUUCCAGCUGGGUCCUUUAAAAAAAACAAUUGGGACAAUAUUUGAUUCAUUUAUUCUAAUUCUUAGCAUUGUUGCUCAUAAUUUCAUCCCCUAAAAAAUCUCUUAAUAGAUAUUUAAGUAACUGGAUGAGAGAGAAUUAUAUAAACUCAAAAUAGUAAUGUGUGAUUUCAACAUAGCCCAUGGAAGUUAUCUCCUAAUACUAUUUACUAUGGUCAGUGUUGGUGGAUGAUGUGGUAAGACUUAAUAGAUACGCUGUAACCCGUCUGCAAAGAGAAUAUCUUCUUGUCUUAUUGUGAUGGCUUAGGAAACCCCUCAAACUUGUUCUAUACAAGGUGGAAGGAGACAAAAGUAGACUUGGAAUUUUAAGCAUUGACAAAACACUAGAAUGAAGUUACUUCUGCCCCCUUGCUUGAAGUGGUAAAUUCAUAUGAAGCUAUUAAUCCCAUCUGCUAUCAGUCCCCAAAGUGAUACUAUUGAAUAAAUGUCCUUCCCUUUUUGAUGAAGUGGGUAAUCAGAGACCAGCACAAUUAUAGAUACCAAUAUUAGGAUGGUAUGCACCAUUUGAAAUGUAAAUUAUUUCAUUAAUGUGAGAGAUGAAGAUUUAGAAAAAUAUAAUCAUACCCAUGAAACUAUUUGAUCCCUCAGCAUUUUUUUUAUUAAACACAUAUUUACAGAAUUAAUUGCAGAAUUGUUUUUAUAGAAUCUUUAAAGAACUGAUUUGAAGGUUAGCAUAGAUUACACUAGACAUGAUUUGCAUGGCGACUGUAAACUAUUCUCUCAAACAGAAACACAUACAGAGAGACUAAUUUUCUUGAGACACAAUUUCAAAAGCAAAUCCAGGAUUUAGGAAAAGGAACUCAAGGUAAAUGAAGGUAGACAACUUGACAAGGAUAAACCAAAACUAAGGAAAAGAUAGGUUUACAUAUGGCUUGAAUUUUGAGAUGGGAGGUUUGACAUUUCAUUAAGUAAUUUAUACUGUAUAUAGACACUUGACAUACUCUUACAUAUUUCUAGAUGAGGAAAGAUCACCAGUGGCAUUUAUAAAUAUUGUGAAAAUGCAUGAUCUUGUCUAUUUUGUGUUCAGAAUUGUUACUGAUGCUUCUACUGUACUGCCUUUCUAACCUUUCCCCCCCACCAAAAAAAAAAAAAUCCCACAUCUUGCUGACUUCAUUCUUAGAAAAUGAUAUGGAUUUUCAAAAAGCCUCAGCAAAAAUAAGUGCUUCUCCACACUUCACUGGAAAUUUCUUUCUUAGAAAAGCAGCAGGAACUAUGGACAUAUAUUUAAAAGAGGACCAGCAAUAGCAAGAGGACCAUGACAAAACAACAACCACCCACCAUCUGCCUUCCAAGUUCCCAAAAAUAUUUUUCAAUGACCGUGUGACAUUUUCAUGUUAUCAGAAUGAUGAUGGAUGUAUGUGUAUGUGUCUUGUGAGUUUUUUUUAUGUGUCUGCACUCCAAUGUAAGUAUAGCUAUAUUUAUAUCUGAGUUGCUGUCUUGCCAAAAACAUUAUUUUUAAUUAUGCUAUAUAUAAGCGAGAUGGUGACAGUGCAAUGUAGUCUGUACUUGAAAGGAGUAUAUAUGGGGUGUUUGAAAAUAUAUUUUUCUGUUGCAAAUGGAGCAAAUACAAUUUACUUUAUAUCCUUUGUGCUUAUAGUUAAUUGGCUUCUUUCUCUCACCAGUGAAAACUGGUUUAGGGUAGAACUCUUGGGCUAUGUAAAUCCUGGCUAUGUAAACAUUUGGAUACAGUAGGUUCCAGCUGCUUUGAAAGGAGAGAAGUCAGAAAAAUAAUGAAUUUUCAAUAGGAAUAUGAAAUUACUAAAGCUAACAGAUUUGUAAAUCAGUCAGUCAUUCAAGCUGUCCAGUAAGGAAGGUAUGUUUGGGGUUGUCAGAACAUGCAGUUGAAGGAAUUUGUGUACAGAUAGGUGCUAACAUUUGUUUUGCAAAGGAUAUCAAUCAUGUUUCUAAAAGUGAAGGGACAUUUUUCAAUUUGCCCAGUGUAUUAUAUUCUCACCACUUUAGAAAGGUUUCUAGCACUUAAAGUGAAUGGCAUUUAAUAUAGAACAACAUAACAGGGGUGAGGGCUGGAUGUGACCUAUUCAAAUGUCGCUACCAUUACAUAGCUAUUCCCAAUGCAAUUAUAAUUAAAUACUUUAUGCCUUUCUUGCAAAUCUGCUGAUCGAUCAUUGAUAUUAACAUUAAUACUGUAUUACCCCCGAGCAGAUGUCUACUACACAAGUGUUAUGGAUCACCAGGUUUCCAUUAAGAAAGUUGUGAGGUAUUGCCAUAUGCUAGCCAGGGAUAAAUCUACGUAAAUUACCUUAUGACAAAGCAUACAGGACAGUGUGAGACCAAGGAAUAAUGUUAUUCCUUUUCUUAGGCCAUGGUGAUUCUAUAACUUAUGUGUCCUCAUUACAAGAGUGGAUGAAGCGAAUCAAGAAAAGAGAUCCUAUUUUCAGAUGAACUUAACUAUAUGUUCUUUGCAAAAGAACCUAACAUGAUCAAUCGUCAUUGUCCAUAUUGAUGGAAAGAAGAAAAGGUAGCAUGAUAUAAGAUAAUUGGAAAUCUUCAAUCAUUUUAACAUAGCUUUGGAAGAUAGGACACACGAUCAUAUCCUUUAAGAAGAUGUGCUUUAUAACUGCCCCUAGUUUCAUCCCUAAGUUAUAUCCUCACCUCUUAUCAGUUGCUUUGCAAAUGGGUUUUAUUGAAACUCAAUAAUAAAGUGUGGAAAAUCUAA